GUGUUUGACUCUUAAGGUGGAUAGAUAUCUUUGACUUUGAAAGGGGCUAGGGUUAAGUCUAGGGUUUUGAGGUGAGGAUUGAACAUAUAGUUAUGGAGGAGUCUGAACUUGAAGAAGGAGAGGCUUGCUCUUACAAUAUUACUAACGAAUACGCUGGAAGCAUAGACCCUGAUAACGAUCUUUCUUACAUUGAUGAGAAGCUUCAACACAUCCUUGGACACUUCCAGAAAGACUUUGAGGGCGGUGUUUCAGCUGAGAAUCUUGGGGCGAAAUAUGGUGGCUAUGGCUCUUUCUUACCAACUUAUCAACGAUCUCCUGUUUGGUCUCACCCGAAGACACCAGCAAAACCUCAGAGUUCUACAGGGACUAGAUCUCCCAACAACUUACUAGGGGAGUCCCAGAGUGGCAAUGCAGCUUCGUCUAGUGUUCCUAAAAAGGCAAAAUCUGGGCUUGCUUCCUCUGGAAACCCCAAAAAAUCAGUGAAAUCCAGGAAACCCAGUUCCAGUGCCAGAAUGGAAUCUGCAACUAAGAAACCUGGUGUCUUUAGUAAACAGAAUUCUCUGAAGCUUCGGAUAAAGAUGGUACCAGAUGGUUUAUCUACCGAAAAGAAUGCUGCUGCGAUAUACAGUGGCCUUGGGCUUGAUGUAUCACCUUCUUUGUCCUUAGAUAAUAAUAGUCUUUCAGGUAGUGAAGGGAUGAAUGGGGAGCCUCAGGGUUAUUCUCCAAUGGAGUCUCCCACCAGUAUUCUGAAUGUAAUGACUUCACUUCCUGUGGAUCAUCGUCAGUUGCUAUCUCCUCUCUCUGAUGAUCUGAUUCGAUUCAUUGCAAGGGAAAAAUCCGAAAAGGGAUAUAAGUAUACAUCUCCAUCCAGGCUUUUCACUGAGAGUUCUUCUGCUAUGGCGAACGAUUUGGAACCUCAGAAGGCUGGAGAAAAACCAUCAGUAGAAAAGAAAAAAAAGAUGGUGGAGAGGAGCAGCUUUUCUGCAGAGACAAAUGUCCUCAGUAAGAAGGGCCUGUUUGAUGCAACUGAUGCCACUGUCAAGGAGUCAGUGGAAACAAACACAUCAUAUCCUACUGCUGCGGAGAAAGAAACAGCCAGUAGUAAAUUAUCUGAUGCAUCCAAGGAAAACUACAAUGGCACUGUUAGGGGAGAAAUGGUGGGUGAUGUCGACAGAAGGUUGUGGGGUCUAACUCGUCAUAAAGAUCUUGGGGCGCAUCAUGAGAAUCCAAAGACUAUUUCUGCUGGAAGUGUUCGGGAAGAUAAAAAGGCUAAAUUUGGUGAUGAUGAGGCUUCAGGACACCCAAGGAAAGUUGGCAAAUACAAAGGAAGCAAAGCUUCUGAUUCAGUCAAAAAAGAAUCGAGUGCGUCAAAGGUGAAAAGUGGUCAUAAAGUGGAGCCAGAACAUCCUUUGAGAAAGCAGAAGUAUGACCAAAUAGAACAGGAGCCACCGUCUUCAACAAAGGUCAAGGAACAGCAAACCUCUGUUGUUUUUGAGACUAAGCUGAAUGGUCAAGCUGAGAAGAAGGAAGUGGUAGCCUUGAAACCACAAAGUGAUAGCAAAAAAGCCGAGGACACUUACAAAGACUUUUUUGGAGACAUAGGGGACUCUGAAGAAGAAGAGGAACAGAAUUGUUCGCUGGACGUAAAAGAUUUGCGGAUUUCAGAAAAGGGACUUCCGCCCUUAGAAGAUAUGCCUGACAAAUCGAGCUUCCCGCUGGUAGAACCUCAGAACGUUGGUCCUGAACCCAUGUUGAGAAAACUUGGUUCUGAUGCUUCUCUUCCGAAAGCAAAUCCCGUGAUCAUACAAGAACAUUGGGUUGCUUGUGACAAGUGUGGAAAGUGGCGGCUUCUUCCUUUUGGCGUCGUCCCAGAAGACCUUCCUGAGAAAUGGAUGUGCACAAUGCUUAAUUGGCUGCCUGGAGUGAACUAUUGCAAUGUUCCUGAAGAUGAAACAACGAAGGCACUGUAUGCAAUGUAUCAGAUCCCUGUCCCUGAGAGCCAGGCUUCAAUGCAGAGUAAUCCCAGUGGCCCUAAGCCUCAGUUUAACCAGGGAGAUGACAACACAAAGAAGAAGAAAAAGGGUUUUAAAAAGAUAGACAAUGGAAUGUAUAAAGAAGGUUCUCGAACUGCCGAAACUAACAAGACCAUCCAAACAUCGUCAAGAAAUGGUAUUCAAAAUUCGCAUGGACUUGGCGACUUGGCCGAGGAUGAGAGGCAAAUACAUAAACAGAAAGAGAAAGGAAAAUCAGUGGAUCACCUCUCUGAUGAGUCGAAGAGCUUGAAGGCGAAUAACAAAAGAAAAUCAGAUCUAGAGAGUUCUAUGCUGGCCAAAAAAAUGAAGAUUGAAAGUUUUCUGUUUCCUGAUGAAUCCGAACAUGGAAAUGGACGUCCUACCUCGAGUAGUGGUGUCCCUGUCACGUCAGCAGAUAUAAAGCCCAAGCCUCGAGUCUCCUCCAAAAUGCCAAAAGAGGAAGGAGGAGCUUCAGACACUGGAAAUAGCAAUAGCACAGGGGGGAUUAAAAAGAGGAAACUGAGAGAAAGCCAUGGUUCUAGGAUUUACAGUGAGAACGAAAAUCAUGAACGAAAGAAAGCUCGAGUUCGUAAAGAAGAGAAGGAGCCUAGUUAUUCUCAAGGCAAUGGGAAGUUGGAAAAGAAAAAUAGAAGUCAUUCGAAAAGAGAGUAUGCACAUGUUCAGAACUCAAUCGCGGCCACUUCGAGUUCUUCUAAGAUUUCUGAUUCUCAUAAACCCAGAAACAGCUCCCACGAAGCUAAAUGUUCGCCUGUUGAGUCGGUGUCUUCCUCACCUAUGAGGCUUUCCAACAUGGAGAAAAGUACAUCUGCGAGAAAAAAGAAAGAAGAAUCUUAUGAUGCUAAUGUCUAUGCAGCAGGUAGUUUGAAAAAAUUCUCAGAUGGUGAAGGUGAAGAUGAUGGUGGGAGUGAUAGAUCGCUGUCGCGGAUGAAGGACAAACAUGGAUCCCAUGAGUCUUCUGUGCUUGAUAUUUGGGAUAAUAAAGGAUCUUUGAAAGCCAAAGAGCGCGCUGAUCCUUCUCUCGAUGCCAAUUUUGAGAAUGGUGGCCACAAGGAUUUACCGCGGAAACUGGAUCAUAUUCUCGGUGAAGGAAAACAGUCUAGCGAUCAUCAUCGACGUAGCAAUGAUUCCCUGGCAAAGAAGUCAGGAAAAGCUUCAUCUUCUCGGUCCAAAGAAAAGAGCCAAACCAUUAGGUCUGAUUUACGGGAUGGCCCGAGACAUAUUGAAAAGAAGAUAUACGAUGGUAGUCCUGACAGUAGAGCGGAUAUGAUCGCGAGACCAAACAUUCCAAAACCUUACGACUCCGAAAGAAUAUCGGAGAGGAGUAAUAGAGCAGAUUUAGCUUCUCCAUCACGGCCACCAUGUAGAGGUAUUCAAGGGGAUUCUUCUAUGCUUUCUGUCCGUAAGAAAGUCGAUAAAUGCAGCACAUCAGCUGGAAAUAAUAAUAUUCAAGCUGAUGAUGUGACAAAGGCAACCACCCAAAUAAGAAGGAAAAGCGAGCCUUCUCCAAGCCCCUUGCGAAAGGAAGUAACAUCUGCACAGGCCGCCCAUAAUACUUUAAAAGAAGCUAAAGACUUGAAACAUACAGCUGACCGCCUCAAGAGUUCUGUAUCAAAUCUCGAGCACAUUGAGCUCUACUUCCAGGCUUGCCUUAAGUUUCUUCAUGGUGCUUUUCUCUUGGAGAUGAGUAGCAACGAGAGUGCUAGACAAGGAGAAACAAUGGUCCAAUCUAUGAAGAUUUAUAGUAGCACAGCGAAUCUUUGCGGAUUUUGUGCCCAUGAGUAUGAGAAGUCUAAAGAUAUGGGAGCUGCUGCCCUGGCUUACAAAUGCAUGGAGGUCGCGUAUAUGAGAGUGGUUAAUUCCUCCUACACCAGUGCUAAUAGAUAUCGAAAUGAAUUGCAGACUUCUCUGCAAAUGAUUCCGCCAGGUGAAUCUCCUUCUUCAUCUGCCUCGGAUGUUGAUAACGUGAACCAUCCAGCAGCAGUAGACAGAGUUGGUACCUCAAGGGGCAUCAGUUCUCCUUUAGUUGCUGGGAACCACAUCAUUUCUGCGCAAAACCGUUCUAAUCUUUUACGCCUGCUUCAAUUUGCUCAGGACGUAAAUCUGUCAAUGGAUGCCUCGAGGAAAUCACGUGUGGCAUUAGCAGCUUGUAUUGAAAACUUGGGGGAGGCCCAACAACAAGGAGAGGGUAUUAUAUCUAUUAAAAGCGCCCUUGAUUAUAACUUCCAAGACAUUGAGGGAUUGCUACGUUUAGUGAAGCUUGCAAUGAAGGCCAAUAACCGGAUUUUGUUUGGAUCAGGUAAGCAUUUGUACAAACCAAGAGGAGUUCAGUUGACAGAGUCCGCUGUGAAGAGGUUUCUGGUAGACCAAGGAAGGAACUUGGCAUUUGCGAUUUUCAGAUGCUUCUCUUAUUCUACCAAAGGAACAAUUCACAAUGGCAACAUCAUAACAAGCUACUUUCCCAACUAAUUAUCCAAGAACUAUGUAUGGAUUAUACAGAGCAACCAAGAUGUAACUUCUGGUACUGGAUUUUCUAUUUCUCGAUCCCAUGACAGUGAAAGAUAGUUCCCCCAGUAUCAGAUUCUAAAGUCUAAACUGUCGUCAUUCAAAAUAAGCCAUUUAGGGUAUUACAAAGAAAAGAUAUAAUAAGAUUACAAGAUCUGGAGUUAUAGUAGCUUUUCCUGUAGUUGUGAUAGGCUUUCUAAGUUUUAGGAGUGUUGUCUUUUUUGUAGAUAAGAAAGUAUAAGUUACAAAUAGAGUUUUGCCGUCUUACUCUGCCGGAGGAGCUUUCUAAGUUACUGGUAACUUCCCCAUCUGAUUUUCAGGUGCAGUUCUCUGCAAAGUUCUGAAAUAGGCUUUGGUUCUUGUAGCUAAAACAAUAUGUUUGUUUUUGACUGGAGAUUCUCGACUGAGUGUAUAUGUAUGUAUGCCCCCUCCGAUUUCAAUGGCCUUAUUGUAUAAACUGUAACAUUGUCC